AACAGCCAGUUUAACACUUGUCAACAGUAGUCAACAGUAAUAUUUGUGCUUUGACUUAUACAUUUCAGGCAGGUAAUAUAUAUUUAGAUAAUCUCAUAUUCUAGCUCCGAAAAUUCAAUAAAAUCUUAAUAAUAAAAAGUAUUAAAAAGUAAUAAUUUAAUAUAUAACAUUCAUGAAUAAAUAAUAAUAAUGGCAUUAAUAAAUCAUUAAUCAAAUUUAAUAAUAGAUUAGAUAGUAUAGUGAUUCUCAGAUUCAGUGAUAGGCAGGACAUAUUUGCCAGCCAAGCGGUAGGCAUAAAUAAUAACUUUAAAACUAUACUAUACUAUACUGAAUUAUACUGAAAACUGGUCAUUUUAUUUAGUAUCAGUACUAGUGACUAGUAGUAGCAUUAGGCAUUAGUCUUUACCGGACCGUCUUUAUUAUAACUAUAAUUAUAUCAAUCUCUUGUCUAUGGACACUAUACUAUGGUGACUGACCAUCCAUGCAUAUUUUUAGAGUUUAUGAAUUUCUCCUCCUGCCUUAAAUAUCAUAAUUAAUAAUAGUGAAUUAGUAAUUAUAUUUGAAGCAAGCAAGAAGUAGAAGAAAUCAUGAUUAAACGCUGAGUUUUGCCAUUAUGUUUUGCUUCAAGAAUUUUUGCACCAUGUCUCAUUUUAAUGAAUGGCGAUCCUAAAGUUUUUAGACAAAUAUUUUUUUUAAAAAUUUUUAAUUAUUAACUUGACUGUCUAUAGAUUUACGAAUGAUUUGCAACCCUGCUACUAUUACUAAUAAUAUUAACUAUUCAAAUUAUGCUAUAGCCUAUCAUAAUAUGAUGAUUAUUAUGAUAUGUGAUAAAUGAACAAAUUGGAUUGACAUGGUCAGAUAACUCUUUCAACACAAAAAAACCAUCAUAACUUAAAUGGAAGUGCUAUCCCCUCCAAUGGGACAAAUUAAAUUACAUGGCAAAUCAUAAUGAAUUCGCUCUGUCAAUAACUUUUACUGUCGCCUAAAUAUGCCUAUUAGGCUUUUUUUACUUGGAUUUUGUGUAAGCCUCGGCCUGCAUGGUGACCCUUUUCGAGACUGAGUGCUCAAACUCAACCCAAAUCCUGUUUAUUUAUCGCUGUGUCAAUAUUAAAUUUAAACCUGAAAUUUAGUUGUUGGGGCGACUUGGCUCAUGUGCCGACAGAAAGGGUGCUGUGUUCCUCUUGCGACACAUUCACCAUAGGUUUGUCACCACUGGCCUAGGCCAUAGACCUAAUUAUCACAGGCAAUUACUUGAUUGCAUUGUCGGAUUGUCAACAUCAGCAAUAGUGCUACAGCCCAUUGAGGAGUCUGACCCUCUUCACCAGAUCCUUCCACUCAAAUUGAUCCCUGGCUUUUUGUCUUCAUGCAUGGAUCCCCAUCAUCAAUCCAUCUCAGUCUGCAGAUGAGCCAUUUGCCCUUAGGUUCUGUUUAUAAAUCACUUUUGAUCCUUGUACUCUGGCCUCUGCAUGAGAUGCCCUGUCUAAGCUAUUUAAAUAAUGAAAUAUGUGACUGCUCACUGCUAUCCAUUUUUCUAAUUCAUGGGGUUACACAAAUGUAUUUAAAUGGACUAUGUGGAUACAAUUGUUUUAGUUAUAAAUUAUAUUAUUUUGUGUACUCUUGCUGUUUGCAUGUAAUAUAUUAAACAUUGAUCAAUAAAAAGAUUUAUCAAUAGAAGGGUUUAAAGCGCCAGGCAUAAAUGACAUGACACUAUUAUGGCAGGGCUUCACCAACCCAAACCCCCCCCCCCCCCUCUUUUCGAAAAAAAAUUGUAACACUUAAUAGAACAUUUAUCAUUAUAGUUACAAAUUAGUGACCCGCCGUCCCCCGCCCCGAUGCAAGACAUUAUUUACGGAUGGGCCCUAAUUUAAUUCUGUAAAAGUAGAGAUUGGAUUACUAUCAAUGUUUCAUGUUUUGAGGAUAUUUAUUUUUCCUAGCUUAUAACUAGGGUUGUACAUAUUAAGUGGCAAGUAAUUGCAAGCAACCAUUGUUUAGAUUGAUAUGUAUUAACAUUCUUUGACUGAUUAAUCAGCUAACCUGACUACAGCAUAUGAUUUCCAGGUGUUGUAAAUUUAAAUGGUUUAAUUGGAGCCUUGCACGUUUUUUAUGGGAUUUUAUCACAUUUGUAUCAUAUUAGGUAUGUGUAAGACUCAUCAUAUUUUUUAUAAAUUUUUAUUUUUUUUACUUUCAUUUCAUAUAACUAGUAACUAGUUUACAGUAAAGUUGAAAGAAUUCUACCUUGCACCAACUAGAAGAAUGAAAGAAUCUAAAAGAUUCAAUUGAUGCAUCACUCUUUCCAGACCUGUUUACUCUUACGAUUUUGGCGUACAAUGUACGAUUUUGAGGUUUAUAGAUUGUAUAUGCUGUAUUUUUUUUUUUACUAUGAAUAUAACGUAUUAAAUGACUUUGUGGUGAUAUUGUACGAUUUUCAGAGUUUGAGGGUAAACAGGUCUGCUCUUUCUCUUAAGAAUGUUCCAAAGAAUAAACCUUUUUUCAUUUACCAAUUAGAACAAACCCUUUUACAGGGGUAGAAUCAUUUAGAUGCCCAGUUGCCAAGGGACCUGAACAUUUUUAAAUGGGACAUGCAUUUUUCAAUGUUUUUUAGCUUUUAUUUGAAAAAAAAUCAUACUAGAAAUUGCUUUUUUUUACUGAAAAUAAGGACUGGUUCUUGAAUUAAUAAUGAUAUCUAUCCAUCAGCAUCCACUUUAGAAUUCUUAAAGUUAAAAAUUUGUCUGAUUAUAGCAUUAUUUGUGUAAUUGAGGAUUUUUCCUCAUUACAUUUAUCCUCAACAGUGCAAAUACAAAAAUAAUGGUUGCAUCUUUUAUUGAAAUCCCACUCAAGACAAAGUAGUUACAAUUUUAACAGAUGCAAGCUAGCAUUGUAAAUUGAUCAGGUUUGCCAUUAUCUGUGGUGAAUCUAAGAAAGUACAUAACCUUCCACCAUAUGUAAAUGUUUAUAUUUCUGUUUGUUCAUACAUUUAAUGUACCAAUCAUAUGGCAUUUGUUUCAUCUUCUGGAUAAGUAAAAAUUAUUAAUGAAAUAUUCAACUUCUUGGUGACUAGAUCUUGUUAGUUUUCAGCUGUCACAAGUUUUGGCUUCAUGGUGAUAACAAAUUUAAUGAUGUCAUUUAUUUAUUUAAUUCAGUGUGUAUAUGUUUGUUAAGUACUUAAAUGAAUCAUGUGUUUAUAACAGGUAGAUAAGGAGGUGAACAGGAAUAAAGUCUUCAAACAUGGAGCUUUGCUUGUAAAUAAGUCUAGCGGUGACAAUUAUUGUAUUAAUAAGGCUAAGAGAUAGCAGAAAAACCUUGUCCAGUUGCCGUUAAUCAUUAUUUUAUUAAAUAAAAAUUGAUUAUUUUUUGGUACACAACUGUGCUAAAAUAGUAAAUAUAGAUUUCACAGAUUUUUGAAACCAUGUUGAAAUAGGAAAUCUUUGUAACAUGCAAAAAUGAGUCUUAAUUUUUAAAUAAAUAAUCUUUAAGGUGAUUCUUCUUUAAUAGGAUAAGGUAUCCUACAAUUAUUUUCCAAGAAAAAAAAAUAUCCUGUUGCUUCCAGGACUUUUGUCAUAUAUCUCUCUCAGUUUAUAUCCUUCCUUGGCAGUGUGUAUUGUGCUAGCUUUAUUAGAAAAAUUAAGAUAUUAAAAAUACAACACUAGUGAAAUGCUGUUUUUAAAAAUAUUCUCAUGCUGUCAUGGCAUUGGUAACAGAUUUUUUUUUUUUUCAAAUGACUCUAGUCCACUUGCUUUCAAGACUGCAUUAAUGUAUUCAGAGCAAUAAAAUGUAUAAUACUGUUAAGGAAUGUAAAUAAAUUGUAUAUUUCUUUUUAACCUAUUUAUAUCUCUUCUCAUUUUUGUCUUCUCUGAAAUCUUAUUUUGAAAAGAAAAAGUUUAGAACUUUAACCCAAUAUCCUCAUAGCAGUGACAUGUAGCUAAGAUAUUUUUAGAGAUUACCACACACAUUGAUAUUGCUUUUACCUGUUAUAAUCCUUGAAUGUGACUUGUAAACUUAUAUAAUGCUGUUGAUUUUUAUACUCAUGGAUCAUUGAAUCUUAAUAACCCAUGUUUGAGUGGAUUUGGCCAUUUAAAAAAAAAUCUUGUUGUUCUGAAAAAGAAGGAUCCUACUGAUUAUGUCAACAAAAUAGGGGGUGGGGGGUGGGUGGGUGGGGGUGGAAUCGUUUGACAAUUAUUUUGCCGGAGGGGGAUAGAUUCGUUGAUAUCAACAAUCAUGUUUUCUCUAUUAAAAAUUUAAUCUUCAUAAUUGACUGGUUAUUACAUUAUUUUAACAAAUUAAAUGAGUGUAAGUAGUCAUAUAAUGUUUAGACUUUUAGCAAUGUAAGAUUUAUUUAAUGUGUCUCUGUCUGUGCACUGCAGAUGACUGGUCAGAAUGUUAGCACACUUUGUUAGUGCAAGAGAAGUCAAAGGUUGGCAGACAAUGCACCCUUGAGCAUAAGAAAUCACCACCUGCUAAUCAACAAAAAAACUAUUCGACCAAUGCGAGUAGCUCCCAGGAGACAGAGAGAGCUUAUGGCAAUUAUUGCUCACACCGGCAAUGCUUCUAUUUUUAGUGCUGAAUGAUGAGGAUCAUGUUGACUUGUAUGGUAUAUCAGUUCCGCAAGAUGAAAAUUAUAAAUCAGCUACUAUGGCCAUUGUUACAAUAGAGCAACACCUGGUUACUCCCUGGGAAGAUGAUAGCAUGUAGAAACUAUACUACAAUUGUUAGCUUUACUGACAAUAAUCAUAUUUAUACUUACACAAACAAUGAUACUUAGUCUUUAACAACUUUUUAAUUGAUUCUACAUUAUAAAAGUAUAAAAACUUUUUAAAUUGUUAACAAGCUAGAGAUGUAAUAAAACACUUUUCCUACAAUUUUAUGUGUCAUGUAAAUAGAUCAGAUCAGCACAAAGUAAAAUGUAUUUAUAUAUUUAUUUAUAUUAUAAUUUAUUAAUUUUUUUUUGAGGGGGUGGGUUGUAUAAAAUGUUGACAUAAUUUAUUGAAAGUUUGAUGGUUUUGAGAGAGGGGGGGUAAAAUUAUGUAAAAAUUAUUGAUGUAAUUAAUGGAUGCCCCCUAACUCCUUUCAAUUUCAGUUAACACUAUUUUUACAAAAAGUUUACUAUAAAAAGAAUGUUUCAACUAUUUCAUCCUUGUUCUAUUAUGGCUGGUUUAUAUAAUGCUCUUCAUCAGCAUUCUGUCAAGGAAUUGCCUGACUUAGGUAAUUGUUCUGCUGUUUGUUACAACAAUGAGGGAUACAUAACUUAUCCUUAUAAUUUAUUAAAUUGCCUUAUCAUCUAGACUUGUUUUAUUAAAUUAAUUAAUUUUUUUAAAAUGUGGUUCAUUUGAUGAAAUAUCAUUCAUGUACAAAUGUUGUAACUUAAUAUUAAUAUUUAUUAAAAUUCUACCUAGUGACCUAUUUUUUUACUUCCAAAGCAAACAAAUCUUAUCUUUCUUCAAGAGCUUUACAUAAGUGUAAUUGAUUAUAUUUAUCAUCACAUCUUUCAAUUGAUUCUUAGCGGUGCCAUCUAAACAAAGAUUACGGAAGCAAUUCUGGUACCUACCUUCCAUGACCUACAAGCUUUUUAAUAAGAUGCUUGUAUAUUUAUUAAUGUCUUGAAUAACUAGGGUGAUGUAGAUGUUAUAGGAUUUUUAUAUAUGCACAUUUCCCUAAUAUUAAGUUUUUCUCUGUUUUAUAAUCACACUGCAUGCCCAAACUUUAUUUUAUUUUUUAUGUUGGUUGAACUGGUUUGCCUCUAUUAUCUGUUGCUAAAUUUCCUUAACUUUAGUAAUAUUAUUGAUAAAUCUUUUUAUUAAAAGUUGAAUUUGAGAAAGGAAAAAAGAAAAAGGCUUUUAAAGUAUUAGCUGCAUGUUUAAUGGAAAAAAUUAAUCAAUACUUGAGAGAUGCUAAGCUUAACCCACUCUAUUAUUAUCAAUCAAUAAGCAGUUAAAUACAUUUGGAGAAUUUCGAUUAUCAAUUUUUAUUAAAAAAUUCCAUCGUAGUUACCUUGUUUGUUUUUUUGUGAUAUUUUAAUUCCUUUCCCACCUUUAAAAUUUUUUUUCCAGGCAUUCCAUUUAGUAAACAAUAUAUGAUGUCAGACCAGUCACAGUAUCUAAUUCCAAACAGCACUGAGGUUGUACUUCUAGAUUGCCAGCAAGCAUUUGAGGGUUUAUCACCAACAGAGAGGCUUUAUGCUCAUCAUCUAGCUCAGGCUGGCUUCAAAGGGGGCCUUAUAUGUCUCUUCCAGGUUAGUUUAGAGGUUACAUUUACAAUAGUAUUUGGUUACAUUUAUAACAAUAGGGGCAUGUUUUAUUCAGUAAUAUAUGUAUUCCAAUUAAUGUUUAUCCAUGAAUUAUAAAAAAAAUCUGUUACAUGGAUAAUUUUAAAAAGUCUGGAUAAUAAAAAAAACCAUUUUGACAUGACUUUUUACUCAAUGCAAGAAAGUGAAAAAUGAUAUUAAUACCUACCUAGUAAUUGGUAAACCUGAAUAUGCUAUUACAGUAUUUUUCAGUUUGAAAUUUACAAGUGGAAGAAGAAAUUAACUAAUAAAUUAUUUUAUGUUCAAAAGCUUAAAUAUAUUAUUUGUGUAGACAUCUCAAGAGUCCCCUGGUAUAUUUUUGCUGCUGCAAAAGUUAUUCCGUGCACAAGAUCCAAAAGAGCUAUCAGAUCUUGCCCAUUCUGUUGGCUUUACAGAAGAUGAAGUGCAGGUUAGUAGAGAAGUCUGCACAGCUCGACACUGUUCUAGUCACAUUAUACUUUUAGGUUUCUAUAUUUUCCAAAGUUUUAUGAGAGUUCAAAUUUCUGUUUAAUGCUCCUAAAAUUAUUUAAACGAGUUAACAUUUAAAAAAAAAAUUAUUAUAAAGUAAACUGUACAUUUGUUUCAGGCUUUCUUCAUCUAUGCAGCUGCCUUCUAUGCCAACAUGGGCAAUUAUAAAUCUUUUGGAGAUACAAAAUUCAUUCCAGAUGUAGAUAAGGUGAGACAUUUGUUCAACCUUUUCAUAAGAAAUUGGUCAUGUCAGUUUAUUGGAAUAUUUACAAUAGUGGUUCCUAAAUGGUGCUAUGUUGGUUUCAAAGUUUGAUUACUUGGUAACUUAUAGCAAGCAGUGAUAUUGUAGGUUGAAUAUUCACUUGCCAUACUAAUGCCCCAUUGUCAAUUAGGUCAAGUGUAACUAAAUUUUCAUCCCCAUCUUUUUUAAACAAAAUAAUUUUUAAAAAGAGGGUGGGGGGGGGGGGGGGAAAAAAAUAUGAUUUAAAAAUGUAUGUUCAAAUUUUUUGAAUCUUUUGUUUGCAUCAAAAAAUAAUGUAACAAAUGAUAACAGUUUUUUUUUCCAUCUUUUUUAAACAAAAUAAUUUUUAAAAAGAGGGUGGGGGGGGGGGGAGAAAUAAAUCUGAUUUAAAAAUGUAUGUUCAAAUUCUUUGAAUCUUCUGUUUGCAUCAAAAAAAUAUGAAACAAAAUGAAACCGUUUUUUUUCGUUGACAGUCUAAGGUGGAAGCCCUAAUCAAGGCUAGCAAGGCUUAUCAAGAAGAUGCAGCAAGCAUACAGACAAUUUGGGACGCCAUCAAUGAAAGACUGUAUUCACUUGAUAGCAAGCAAAAAGAACUCGGCCUUGGUGAAAAGGUAUAGUCCUAAAUCAUGUUAAGGACACAGUCAUGAAAAGUGACCAACUGGUAUAUUAAGUAUGCCUCAUUCCAGUUGAGUAAAUUCAUUACCCAUCGUAGCGUCAUCUUUGACACCAUUCAAUGAUAACACAUAAAGGUAGUGUUGAAUUUACUGAUUACCACAGUUGUUCCUUUGAACACACACAACUGCACUUAGUAAAUGAUUUUUUUGUUUGAGUUGGACCAAUUUUUAAGGCAUUCAUAAAAGCAAAUAGAAGAGUUGGAGUUAUAUUUCAAUUAGAUUUAUUAACAUUGAAUUGAUUUUAACAACUCAACUACUUUUUUAUGCAUGAAAGUCUUAGCUAAAUUUUUUUAAAUAUUUAAAUAUCUAUAUAUGCUGUUGAACAUUCAAAUGUUGCUUGAUUUAGAAAUGAUUGACAAUCAUACUUUUAAUAUUAAAACCUUUGGUCUGAGACACCAUAUUUUGUAAUACAUGUCACAUAUAAUAUUUGUAUUCAAAUUAAUUUGCAAUGAAGUUGUAAUAUAUUAACAGGGAACAACUACUUAUUACUCUGCUAACUGUGAUGAAAAUGAUGCCAAAAUUGCUCAAGAAUUUCUGGAUGCCAAGGUAUAUGUGAUGAGCUCAUUGCUUUAUCUGACUAUGCCCAAUUAAAAACAAGAUUAUAAAAAGUUUUUUUUACCAGGAAAUUAAUUUUGAAGAAAAUGUGUAUAUGGUCAAGUAUUUAUCAAAGUGACACUAACUUUGACCCCCUUGAGUGAACUGAUAUUCAAUGAUUGACUGCACUGAAAGUAAUAACAAGAAUAUUUUUUAUUUCUUUAUAGGAAAUCAGUCCUUACAACACUCGUCUCUUUAAAGUGAAAAAUCCUGGAACAGGAGAUUCUGAGUAUGAGGUCAGGAUGGCAUCUGCCCUUUCAGAUUGUAAGUAUAAAACUCUUACAUUAUUCUUACAUAAUUUAGUAGAUGUACAAUUACUGCAAUUUAAGCAUUUAGUGCUGACGGAAAAUUUCAGGGAAAUUCAAAAAUGAAAGAAAAAUGACUAACAGGUAUUCAGUUUUAUAAAAAGAUUAAGUUGCACACUAUUUGAAAUUGUAUUAAGUUUAAACAAAUCAUCCAUAACAGAUGUCAUCAAGUUAUUUAUCUACUAUUUACACAAUUUAAUGUUGUAGCUGACAUUUGCAAAUAUUUCAGUGUUAUGUUCAUAUAUCAAAACAUGUUACAGUAUCCCACAAGCUGUCCAUUAAAAAAAAAAAACAGCACAAGAAUCUUGAUAAAUAUUCUUACCAAUCCUUUUAAGCAUCAGAAGUUCCAGGCUACCCUAAUGGUGCAGUCUUGGGUGAAUAUAACUUUAAAUCUCAAUUUGGAGGGAGAGAAUUCAAAUUUCAUGUCACAAGGGGAGAUUACUCAUCAUUGAUGGCUCUCAUCGUUGAAGAGUUGCAAAAUGCACAGGUGUGGUAAUGUUAAUCUUUUAAUUUUUUUUGCAAUUAUGGAAACAAUUUAUUUAAAAUGAAUUAAAUAUUUUCAAAAACAAACCGCAUUGAUUUAAAUUUGGUUUCAUUUAGAUUGUUUUAACAGUUUCAGUGUUCUUUUGUAUACUCAGUAGUUCAUGAAGUAUAACUCUUGUCUAUAUUCAAGCAACAUGCAGCGAAUGAUGAUGAAAAGAGCAUGCUUAUAGAUUACAUCAAAAGUUUCUCUACUGGCUCACUACCAGCCCACAAAGAUGGCUCCAGGCACUGGAUCAGGAACAAGGGUCCCAUUGUUGAAACGUAAGAAUACUUAUAAAGACUUAAUAAUAAAAGAAACUGGUUUUUGAGAAUAGAUUUGGAUAGUAAUAACUUAACAGUAACGGGGCCCAAUUUUUUCUUGUGUAUAUUUUUUUAAUGAUAAAAAAGAAAAAGAUAAAAAAAUGAAUGACGUGUUGUUUUGAGAUCAUUAACAAGCAAAACAAAUGAAUUGAUAUUAAGAUCUUUUAAUAUAGUUGAUUGUAUUAUUUUCAUUACAGAUACAUUGGUUUUAUUGAGUCUUACAGAGAUCCUUAUGGUGUGAGAGGAGAGUUUGAAGGUAAUUUCAUUCAACAAAUUUUAUAGUGGUCAGCUUACUCAGAUGUUUCCAAUACCUGACGUAUGGACCAACUCAAUCUGGAGUCAGGAACUAGAAGCCCAAAAAACAUAUAGUUUUCAUCUCUCUUUAUUUAAACUGAAAGCCCUUGAAAUAAUUUGUUGAUUUUGGAAUUUAAUUUCGGUACUUCUGGGAAUUUAUAUUAGGUACUCUUUGGAAUUUAUAUUAUGUACUCCUUAGGUACAAAGGCAUUAAGUAAAUUUGAGUCACUGUAAAGACGUUAAAACAAACGAUGUAAAGACAAAAUGAUGUCAGUAUCUCUUUGAACAUUUUAUCUUAAUUAAACAUUGACUUUAUUCCCCAGGCUUUGUGGCUGUUGUGAACAAAACCAUGUCUGCUAGGUUUAAUGACCUGGUCACACAAUCUGAACACUUGUUGGCUCACCUCCCUUGGCCUGUAGAGUAUGAGAAGGAUAAGUUCUUAAGGCCAGAUUUUACAUCAUUGGACGUGCUCGGGUUUGGUGGAAGUGGUAUCCCAGCAGGCAUCAACAUUCCCAAUUGUAAGUAGUUAAAAAACCUAGCUGAUAUUGAUUAGUGUGUCUUUGCGCAUUUUAAACUAUUUAUUUAAACAUUGGAAGAGCAUAACUUGACCAAUCCAAAAUUUAUCUCCCUUUGUUAUGUCUUUUUGUUGUUGUUGAAGAUCUGCCAAGUUUGAUGGAUUAAAAUGUAUUGCAAGACUGAAUUGUGUAUUUAAUCAUAGCUCUCCAAUUAUGAAAAGUAGUUAGCUAAAAAUUUCCCUGCAGAAGUUAAAACAAAUUAACACAUAAAUUGAUACUAAAUUAAGUGAAAGGAUUUUGAAUAUGCUUUCCAUUAAAAUCAUCAAAAUAAUACACUUAUUUUAUCUUAAAAUUUCUUUAGUUGACUUACAAAUAUUGUAUUUGUUUGUUUUUUCCCAGAUGAUGAUAUAAGACAAAAUGAAGGAUUUAAAAAUGUAUCACUUGGCAAUGUAUUAACAUCUGGCUACAAAGAUUCUAAAAUCACCUUCUUGAGAGAGGAAGACAAAGUAAGUUGAGUUCAAAUUUAUGCACAAUUUAAUCCAUUCUGUGUUAUAAUUUAUUAUCAAUUCACUCAAAGUUAUUGACAUUUGUUAAAAACUUAUCUCUAUUUAAUCUUUUUUAAAAUCAGGAGUUGUACACCAAGUUCAAGGUCCAGUCUUUUGAGGUUCAAGUCGGAUUACAUGAACUUCUCGGGCAUGGCAGUGGCAAACUGUUUGUUGAGGUAAAUUUAACCAAUGAAUAAUUAUCAAUUAAGUUGUAUUUUUUCAUUUGAAAUCUAUUACAGUGUACUAAUGUUGUACUUAUUUGUUUUGCAAUGUCAUCCUUACACUAAACUUUUCAUAAUCUUCUACUAUUAGGAAGAACCAGGAAAAUUCAACUUUGAUAAGAAUACUGUGACACAUACUGAAACCAAAGAUAAGGUAACUAACUUUAUAUGUUACUAGCCAAUAUACCCGGCAUUGCAUUUGGAAAAAAACUUCUAGAGCCUUUUAGUUAACAUUGAAAUAAAAGGCCCUGUAAAAAUUUCUUGGCUAAAGAAAAAUAUUAACAAUAUUUAAUUUACUACAAUGAAAAAGGCAUUCAUUAUAAAUUGUGUAAACAGUUUUUGGGCCCAGCUCAUUUCAGUUAAUAAUUAGCCUAAUCUAAAGAUUAAUUUAACUUUUGAAAGUUGUACCAUUAAAAUAAUUAUUCACCAAUGUCAAAGCUAUGGCCGUUUAUUAUAUAAAAUAGGAUCUUUUGAAAAACUAUUGGUUUUUAAGUACCGGUAAUCAUUUUUGAAAAACUACAAAAUGUUGUAGCUUUAACCAUUUAUCAUUUAAGUUAAAAGAUGGGCGUGUGGGGAGGGGUGUAAUUAAAUAAAAUCUAGAGUUUUCCAGAAAGUUCUAUAUCCACCAAUCCAAGUAAAAUUGUAUGUUGAAUAAAGCCACAAAGAAAUUUUCACCUUUAUAUAUAUUUAUGAUACUUUAAUUGCCUUUUUUUAAAGUUUGCCAAAAAAGAACAACAAAGGUCCUGAUUUUAAUCUAUUUUUAAAACUGGUCAAGGCAAUUGGAACUUUAUCCCAUGGAAAUAUUUAAUAAGAAAUUUCCAGGAGCAAAUUCAUCAGAAAUAGCUUAUUUAAAUGUGUGGAAAACAUCCAUUUCAUAUCUUAGAUAACCAGUUGGUACAAGGCAGGUGAAACUUGGGACAGCAAGUUCUCCACAAUAGCAUCCACCUAUGAGGAAUGCAGAGCUGAAUGUGUUGGCAUCUAUUUGUGUCUCCUUUCAGAUGUUCUCAAGUGAGUGACAUUUUUAAAACAAAAGACUGAAAUUUUAUGGGCCAUCUCUGUUACUGAUGUUUUUUUUGGUUGUUUUUGCACAAUUAAUGUGUGUUGAUGAAAGAUAUUUUAUAGCAACUAGUGUUGGCAGGUUCAAUAAAUGUAUGGAAUAAAUUGUAAUUCACUUUUCAAACUUCAAGAAUACUUUUUUUUUUGAAAGCACAAUUUUACCGGAAACUUGCAAAUCUGGGAACCGGAAUUGAAACUGUUUUAGAAAGUAAUUUUAAUAAAAUACUUCACGCCUUAUUUAAAUUUUCAAUGGGAUACCAUAUGUUUUUUUUUCCAGCUUGAUAAUGGAUAAUCUCUUAAUGAAUGUAACAAAAUUUUUAGCUUAUGGAGAUUAGAAAUUUUAAAUCAAAAUAUAAUACAUUGAUUCUGUGACCAGAUAGUUAUGAACCUGGUAUAAACUGACUGUUUUCACAUAAUCAAGGAUCUUUGGCCACACCGGAGAUGACGCUGAUGACAUCAUCUACAUAAACUGGCUAAACAUGGUGAGAGCAGGCCUCCAGGCACUGGAAUUUUACUCACCCGAGACUGGCUCUUGGAGACAGGUAAUUUUGGUUCUUAUUAGGUUCUUUUUUAAAUACUAUUACAGGCCAAUAUUUCCAGCAAGACUGAGUCGCCAGUUUGAAUGUAAUUUUUUUUAAAUUUUAUUUUGCAAUAAUAAUUACUUGCAAUGAGUUGCAAUAAUAAUAACGGUAAAUAACAGGUUUUUAAACUUUUUUGGUAGAAAAAUUGUUAUAAAAUGCAUCUCAUUCUUCUCAACAAUUUAACACUUGUAAAAUCUUUUUUAUUGUAACUUGCUUAACUUUCACUACUGGUACCAGUACAUGAUUUAACAUGUAUCAUCAAAGUAUAAAUUUGGUUCGUCUACUGAAGUUUUAGCCAUAAUUCUCUUCAAAACAGUUAUGUCUCACAAAAUAAGAAGUCUUGGUAGUCAUGAAGGUUUAUUUUUUUUAAAAAGAAUAAUCAUAGGUCAAGUUUUUGUUAUGGUAUAUGGAUGGACAAUGUGGAAAAAGAUCUGGCAGCAACUGGGAAUCCAGGCAUGAAAAAGAAAAGCAUCAGUUAGGUCUGAGUGGAAGGAAGUGGUGAGGUGGGGCAAAGCCCCACACAGGCUGUAACGCCACAGGGAUGGAUGGAUAAAUUCAUUUAAGAAUGUGUCAGAGCUAGGUACUUGCUGUCUUGCUUUAGUAAUAGUUCUUUCAGGAUCUUAGUUGAUAUUAUUUUUAGUUAUUUGUUUAGCUUUCCAAUGUUCUUCUUAUCUAGGCUCACAUGAACGCCAGGUUUGUUAUCCUGCGUGUGUUGCUGGAGGCAGGAGAUGACCUGGUCAAGUUUGAGAAGUUUGCUGGUGAUGAUGGCAAACCUGACGUCCGUGUGAUUCUGGACAGGUCAAAGAUCAUUCCUGUAGGGAAACCAGCCAUUGGUGCCUUCCUCAGAAAGCUUCAGGCAAGUCAUGUAUACUUUACCUUCAUUGCAGAAAUAGGUUUUCUUUAAACACACUCCUAUAUUUGUUAGCUUAAUCACUUUACAUUGCUUAAUUAGUUUAGAUUCUAACUAUAGGCGCCUGCAAUAGAGGAGUUAUCCUUGCAAACAAUUAUAUUUCAGGGUAAAUAAAUAUGAAUAUAAUUUAAAUGAGGUUAUACAUUUUAAAAAAUUAUAGUCACAAAUUAUAUUUUAAAAAUGUCAGUUAUAUAAAUAUACUGGUUAUUAUAUUUUUCCGGAGAAGCAUAAAAGGGGAAAUAAUUGUCUCUAACAAUGCAUGGGCUGAGUUUAAACAAAAGUGUGGCCUUUUGAGGCAAAAGUUUGUAAACAGUGAAAGUGAUUUUUAAUUCUUGACUUCUUUGAGAUGUUAACUGUCAUUCCUCAGGUGUACAAGUCUACAGCUGAUGCAGAGUCAGGUAGAAAGAUGUACAGUUACUAUUCUGAUGUCAAUGAUCAGGAUGAACCCAAAUUCCUUAGCCUGCGUAGUAUUGUAUUAGACAGGAAGCAGCCCAGAAAGCUAUUUGUUCAGCACCACACGUGUGUCAAUAGUGAGUUGAGAUAUCAUCUGCAUCAGAAAUGGUCAAAUUAUUUUUAUUUGUUAGAGAGGGUGGGCGGAUAGAUUUGUUGGGUCGGUGUGCUCUGGGUGGGUGGUGUUUUAUGUGAAUUAAAUCAUUGUGCUUUGGGGUGGGUGUGUUGGUAGAUAGGUUUAUUAUUUGGGUCAGCUGGAUGGUGUGCAUUGAGGUGGUGGGUCGGUGUUAGACUUGUGAGGGAAUGUAUGUUGGGAGGAUUGUGGGUAGUGGGGUUGUGUAAUAUAGAUAUAGAGAUAUACCCAGAAAAAAAUAAUAGCGGCAGCACCAAUGGUAUAUGUAUGUGUGGGCCUAUAGGAACAUAAGUAUGAUUCAUAUUUUUAUCAAGGCAGAUGAACUACUUAAAAAGCUGCAUUUUAUGCAGGACAAAACUUGAUGACACCCCAUUUGAAAAACCAUUAAAAAAUUCUUGAUUGAAAUUUGAAAACUUUAGUAAUUCUUAUUUUUUCAGAUGGAGAGGUGCAGCUAAAAUCUUAUGAACAAUCGGCCAGUGGCUUGAUCCAGUCCUUCACUGCUAGAUUUCCCAGCACUGAUAUUGACAGAGUUGUUGGUGAACUUUGGGAGAAAGAAAAACCUUUCUAUUAAUGAAAUUUUUUUUCCAGUGCCUUGUGCAAGUGUUGAACACAACUUUUCUGUUUGUUGUAACUGUAAAUAGCUGUUACAACUGAUUGGACCAUAGGAAUGCAUGACCAUAGGAAUGCCUACUUGGUUAAAAUGGUGUUAUAAAAAGUCCUGGUUUAUAAAUUCUGCAGCUUAAAAAAAUCUAUUUGACAUUUUGUCUUUUUUUUUUAUAAUUUUUUUUUUAGAACCCUUUUAAACACUAUUUGUAAAACACUAUGAUCCUACAAUUACACAGACAUUUUUGUUUGUUGAAACUCCCCAUGCUUUAACUUUCUUCCUUUUAUUUAAAAGAAAAGAAAACUUGAUUGAUUUUAAUUGAGUAGAAUCUAUCACAAUCAGGCUCCGACAUAUAGUUCUUAUCUACAUCGUAUUCUUUCUAUGUGUGCGAUGUUUAUUCUUGUUUGAUUCAGCUCAUCUGCUGGUUGUUUAAUUUAGAUGUGUGCCUGAAAUAGUUACAGAUGUUCAUUUUUGUAAAGAAAGACAGUAUUAAAUCUAUUCUAUCAAUACACAAACAGACUAACAGGCAAUCUCACUGCUGUUACUGAAUUCACAUUUUGACAAUUCUGUUUAAAUUUCAUCUCCUCCUUGUCAGGUUUACAAUUUUCUUCACUGUCACUGUUAAAGAAGAAAAUAAUUAUACAGGCCUAUGCUUGUGAACUAAAAAAAAUUUAAUUAAUUUUAAUUAGUUCAUUAAUCAUAAAUUAGCAUUUUUUUAUUGUGAUAUCUUCAAAAUAGAUUUGGCUCAAGGAAUAUUAGAGGUAUUCUUCCCAUGUUGUUGAGCAACAGAAAAUAAUUUAUUUAUCACCGCUAUAUAAAAUUAUGACAUUUAAUUUGGUGACAUGACAGUCAACUAUAAUUGUUUAAACUUAAUAAUUGAUUUAAUGUAGAAUUUCAAGAGAGAAAGUUUAAAUAUAUAUAUAUAUAUAUAAUAAUAAUAAAUAUAUAUAUAGUCAUCUAGAAAACCUAAGAUUUGUAAAUCUGAUUUGAUUUACUUUUAAGGAUUGAUUGAUACAAACACAUUAAAGUUUGUACAUGUCUAAACAAAACAGUGUGCAGAAAAUAAUGUCCAUUAAAGAUCAGACUAGCUCUAAGACCGCCUCCGCUGUGACUGUCAUAAUAAUGGAACUGUAAGCAGAGUUUUCAUUUCAUCUUGGCAUGGUUUUAUGUUAUCAUAAAUUCAUUAAAAUAUAUUUCCUUCAACCAGAGUCCAGUUGGCUCUAUUAUAUUUUGCUAGUGUUUUUAUGUGAAUUAAAUCAUGCAAGUAUUGUA